AUGAUGAGCAUUCUUUUGAGAUUGCCAACUGUUGUAUGUAUAGCUCGGUUUCGCUGCGUCUGCAGAGCAUGGCGAAUUCUCCUUUCAGAUCUCCAAUUCAUUCGCAAGUUCAUUCCCCCCCCCCCCCCCCAAAAUCCCAGUGAACUAAAAGCUCUCUGA